AUGAGCGGGGACGAGCAGCAACGGGAUGAGCGGCGCGAGACUCUGCGCUCUAUUGUUGAGGACGAGAAAGAUAUCGGCGAGUUCACUGGCCACAGCGUGGUCGCCAUGGUCGCUCCAUCCGGCUCAGGAAGACAGCCACGGACUUUGUCGUCCACAGCGAUUUGUUGUUCUCCAGGCACCACCGUCUCUUCGGAUUUCAAGCACCCCAACUCCAUCACCCUUGCAAAGGACGUUGGGCGCAUAUACGAGACCAUUAUCGACAAGGAGCAGGGCAGGCAGCGCGAACCGCAGGAUAUCGGUUACGAUGUCAAAACAUAUGUAGGAGAGCGUGUCAAACUCGAGUUCCUGGCACGACUUCUUUUCCUUCAGCUUCUCCUCGACGACAUCCCAGAUCUGGAACCGCGGCAGUUCUUCCGUGAACAGACCACUGGAGGCGAUUCGACUAUUCGUGAGCUGAUCUACAAGCUGCGGGGUUAUGACUACCUCACAAUCCAAGCUAUGCUCGAGGACGUCCAGACCAAGCUUCACUCGCUUCUUGUUCCGAACGAGUUGGACUAG